ACUGAAUAAAAGAAGACUGAACAUAACCUAAUUUAUCAUCUUUUAAAGGUUAUUAGAUAGAUGUUAGUCUAAUUAAUUAUUGUUUUUUCCAAAUUCUUCCCAAAAAUAUUUUGAGUAUGGAGAGCUUUUAUAGACUAAAUAAAGUAGUACGUAUAUUGAAUAAUUUGAGACUAGGAGUUAAUGCAAAUUUGAAAAACGCAGUCUCUGUGAGGAAUUUCACAGUUAGUUCAUUAAAAUGCGAUUUAAUGGAUUUUUUUGAUGACAAGAAAAAUUGGGGAGCCAAAGAAGUAAAAUGUGGUAGGUCAUGGACAAAAGAAGAACUACGUCUUAAAUCUAAUGAAGAUUUACAUAAACUAUGGUAUGUUCUGCUUAAAGAAAGAAAUAUGUUAUUAACUAUGCAGGAAGAAUGCAAUGCACAAGUAAAAUUAUUUCCCAGUCCAGAAAGAUUGGAUAAAGUGGCAGAUUCUAUGGAAAAUCUGGAAACUGUAGUAAGAGAACGGAAUAAAGCAUACCACCAAUUAGAAACUGGAGAGACAGGCGAAAGACCUGGUAGAGUAGAAACUGGGGCAUUUGGUAUAAGAUAUUAUUACAAAAUGUGUGAAUAUCCAUUACCUAAAGAGAUGAACACCAAAUGGAAGCAAAAAUACAAAUUUUAUAAAUAUGACAAAGAUGUUGAAGAUUUUCUAAUUAAAUAUCGAGAAAAGUUAUAUCUCAGUAAGAGAAGGAAGGCCACGAGAGACUUCAAUCAUGUUAUUGGAUUACUCAAUAGAUAUCCUAAUAUGGAUAUGGAAGCUCUUAAACAGCAAUAUCCAGAUGUUGAUAUUGAGAAAGCUAAAAGAAGUCGGAAAUAUGGUGGGCAUUUUGCUCCUCAAUAAAUUAUCAUUGUAUUGAAAAUUGAAAUAUAAUUGUGAAUUAUUA